AUGGGUGCAGAGGUGACCAAGGUGGAACUGCCCGGUGUCGGCGAUCUGUCACGCUGGAUAUUCAUCAGUGAAGACGAUUCACGCAGCGCCUACUUUCACGCCUGUAACCGUGGCAAGAAGAGUAUGACGCUGGAUCUGCGGGUUCCGGAAGGGGUUGAGAUUUUCAAAGCGCUGGCCGCUGAGGCUGAUAUUGUUCUCAGUAACUUCAAAGCCGGCACCAUGGAAGCCUGGGGUUUGGGGUUCGAGGAUCUUGCUGCGGUGAACCCUGGUUUGAUCUGGGCGGCGGGCAGCGCCUUCGGGCACUUAGGUGCAGAUGCGGAUCGCGAAGGUGCAGACCUUGCCGGACAGUGUGCGGGCGGAUUGAUCAGUACCAUCGGCCAUGAUGGUGCACCGGCGUCUCCAGUAGGCGUCACCAUUGCAGAUCAUAUUGCAUCCCAGAACAUGCUUGCUGGCAUCCUUGCGGCGCUGGUCAGCCGGGGCCGCACCGGCAAAGGGCAGCGCAUCGAUGUAUCGCUUCUGGGCGGUCAGGUGUGGGCGCAGGCAGCUGAAUACAGUCACUUUCUGUUAAGUGGUGAAGUCCCCGGCCGGUCGAACGGUGGUCACCCUUUACUGCGUGGAAUGUAUGGCAUUUUUGCCACGGCAGAUGGUUGGAUCGGCAUUAUUGGUGUGUCCCCGGACGCGCGUGAUGCGUUCUAUAUCGCGAUGGAUAAACCCGAACUUGCCCUGGACCCUCGCUUCCAGGGUUUAUUGGCAAGCCGGGAAGAUAUGCAGUUCCUGUUUGCUGAGCUGACACCUGCGUUUCAGCAGAAGACCACCGCGCAGUGGUGUGAGGUGCUGCGUGAAAUGGGGGUGCGCUAUGCCCCGGUCAGGAAUUAUGCCGAGGCGGCGGACGAUCCUGGUAUGUGGAAAAAUGGUUAUCUGCAGAAUGUUUCAGCAAGUGACGGUAAAGAUAUUGCCGUUGUGGGUACGCCGAUCGGCAUGAGUGCAACGCCUUUACAGCCCCAGGCAGAAGCGCCGGAAUUAGGUGCCGAUACACAACACGUGCUGAGCGGGUUGGGUUACAGCGAUGCGCAGAUUGAUGCCUUUCGCGAGCGAGCGAUCAUAUGUUUGCAUCAUCUGGCCAUCUGCACCGCCAACAUGAAAGAACAGAUUGAAUUCUUCACUGACAAAUUAGGUAUGGAGCUGCAGGCGCUGUACUGGAUGCACGGCGUUGAAAAUACCUGGCAUGGCUUUCUCAGGCUGAAUGACGAAAGUGCCAUCGCGUUUGUCUGCAAUCCAGACAUAGAAGGGAUUGAAGUACACCUCGGUGCUACCCACGCUGGCAAUCCAGGCGCAAAUUCCGCCCGUGGGACCAUGCAACACCUGGCGUUCAAAGUGGAGAACCACGAAGAACUCAUGGCGAUGCGUGACCGCCUCCGCAGCAAAGGUGUGCCGGUUAUGGGUCCGGUCAAUCACGGUAUGUGUGUCUCCAUGUAUUUUGCCGGGCCAGAAAAUCUCUCGUUGGAAUUGUCGUAUUCUGAAGAACCGAUCAAUGCAGAUCUGUGGAUUGAUCCGGAAGUGGUGGAGCUGGCUGGCAUAUCCGCGGAGGAACUGGCGCGUUACAAACAACCGGCACCAUUUGCCGAUCAGGCAGGUGGUGUCGCGCAACCGUCGCUGUCCGGCGACGGACCGCAUAUGACUAACUAUCCACCGGGUGUGUAUGAAGGCGUUAUGUCGGUGCCGGAUGAAGUCAUGUGGGAUUCGCUGGAAAGUGAACCGCCGGUAAAACAAGCGGGCUGA